AUGUCGUCGCAGGAGUCGGAUCACGAUCACAUCAGCAGCGAGAAGCAGGUUGGCUCUCCCGAGGUGGCUGUCGCAUCAGCCGCCGUCCCGGCCAGCGAAGUCCCGAGGGUCAAAGGAAAGGAAAAGGAAGUGUAUAAUGCCGAGCUCUUCGCCGCUAUCAAGGAGGCCAACAUCAACCCCUGGAGCAAGACAUCUCUCCACCUCUACUGGUCCGUCUUUGUUGCUUUCUGCUGUGCCUGCGCCAACGGUUACGAUGGCUCUCUGAUGACCUCCAUCAUUGCUAUGCCCACCUUCCAAGAGCAGUUCGGUGUCAAAUCUGUUGGGCCGACGGCCGCUGUCAUUUUCUCGCUCUAUGUUGUCGGUGCCAUGGUCGGCGCUCCGUUCGCCGCCGUGAUCUCGGAUAACCUUGGCCGUCGGAAGAGCAUGUUCACAGGGGGCGUCAUCAUCAUCAUCGGCAUGAUCAUUAUCUCGACCUCGAUGCACCUCCCACAGAUCGUCGUGGGCCGCUUCAUCCUCGGAUUUGGCAUCGCCGUCAUGACCGUCUGCGCCCCCGCCUACGCGAUCGAGAUUGCUCCCCCGCAUUGGCGUGGUCGCUGCACCGGUUUCUACAACUGCGGUUGGUUUGGCGGUGCGAUCCCUGCUGCGAUCAUCACAUUCGGCACCAACUACCUGGAAAACGACUACGCCUGGCGCAUCCCCCUGAUACUGCAAGCCGCCACUUGUCUCAUCGUCUGUUCUUCCGUCUUCUUUAUUCCCGAGUCUCCCCGCUAUCUCAUGGCCAACGGGAAGGAGGACGAGGCCCUUGCGUUUCUCAUCAAGUACCACGGUAACGGCGACCCCAACUCGCGCCUCGUCCGCCUCGAGUUCGAGGAAAUGCGGGACGGUAUCCGUCAGGACGGCGUCGACAAGACCUGGUGGGACUACCGGCCGUUCAUCCUAACGCACAGCGGCCGCUGGCGCAUGGCUCAGGUGCUCAUGAUUUCCAUCUUCGGCCAGUUCUCCGGCAACGGCCUCGGCUACUUCAAUACAACCAUCUAUAAGAACCUCGGUGUCGACAGCGUCCCGCAGCAGCUCGGCUACAACAUCCUUAGCCAAAGCCUGUCUGCCAUUGGGGCCCUGACGGCCGUCAGCCUCACUGAUCGCAUGCCGCGCCGCAAAGUGCUCGUCAUCGGCACCUUCAUGUGCGCCGUCGCUCUGGGCGCCAAUGCGGGUCUUUCGGCCGUGCUCGACCAACAGCAACAGAGAGGCGACUUCAGCCCUUCUUACGGCCAGGGCGCGCUUGCCUCGUACUUCCUCUUCAACAUCAUCUUCUCCUUCACGUACACUCCGCUGCAAGGCGCCAUCCCGACUGAGGCCCUCGAGACAACCACCCGCGCCAAGGGUCUCGCCGCUUCCGGCUUCAUUGUCAACGCCGUGGGCUUCAUCAACCAGUUCGCCGGCCCCAUUGCGCUGGAUAACAUUGGCUACAAGUACAUCUACGUCUUUGUCGCCUGGGACGUCAUCGAGGCCAUCAUCUGGUACUUCUUCGGUGUCGAGUCACAAGGCCGGACGCUCGAACAGCUCGAAUGGGUCUACAACCAGCCCAACCCGGUCAAGGCCUCGCUCAAGGUGGACAAGGUCGUCGUCACCGACGAUGGUAGGGUGGCCGAGAAGAUUGUCGCCUAG